AAAUUUGUUGCAAUUCUUUCAGCAAAAGUGGAUCGAAAAGCCUUCGGAUUCAUUAGUAUGAUGGGUUUGUUUUUAAAGCAUGGAAGGGUUUUCUUGAUACCAUUCUUUAAUUCCAACACCAAAACCCCAAAUUGGUUUUCUUGAUCAUAUUCUUUAAUGGCAAUCCCCCAAAAACAAAGGGUUUCAUAAUCCCUUAACUCCAAGUGAAAAUUGAAGUACCAUGUGAAAGAAAGAGAACGAACCCACUUGUGUCUCUUUUCGGCCCUAAUAAUCCCAUACGCAACCAGAAGCACAUCCGAAACAUCGGAGCAUUAGAGAAAUUGCAGGUUUUUAAUGGGGGCAUCCGAGUCUGUACCAGUAGCCGAAGACGAGGAUGAAGAAGUUGAAGAAGAAGAAGAAGAAAGGGAUAACCAUGGCGGCAACGAUACAAGAAGGUUACUAGGUGAAGAUGAUAGUUUAAUGAAGAAGGUUGUAGAACAAGAGCCUGAACUGUUACCCUGCCACGCAUCGGCGUCGCCGUUAUCUCCUCAGCCGUCGUCGUUCGGCACCCCACGGUUGGCUCCGUCCAUCAAGGUAUGGGACCCUUGCAACGUUCUUUCUCCACCGCCGCAGUUCACACGUAGCUUUUCCGACGCGGCGGAUGACGAUAGAACUAUGACGGAGGUGUAUUUGAUUUGUCAAGGUGAGUGUCAUGUGAAUUUACGGCCAGAUUUGGUCGGCGGUCGUUGCCCUGAAGCUGCACUGACCCCUAACGGGAAGAGACAAGCUAGAGCCCUAGCCGUGUUCUUGAAAUCACAAGGGAUUCGAUUCAAUGCCGUUUACACCUCCCCUUUAGAUCGGGCUCGAUCGACUGCUCUUCCCAUCUGUCAGGAGAUGAACGUCUCAGAACACCUGAUACAAGCAUCGGAUGCAUUACAAGAGAUGAGUCAUGGACUUUGGGAGGGCUGCCUGCGUUCCGAUGUAUACACCCCUGAAGUGUUAAGCUUAAUGGAGCGGUUUCAGCCUGAUUUCUGUGCACCUUCUGGUGAAUCACUCAGACAGGUGGAAUUCCGAAUGCUUCAGUUUCUAAACGGAACCGUGGUGUGUUUGCCGGAAAAGCUGAGAUCCGGGUUCUCACCUACAGGUGAAGAAGGCCUUACAAACUCCAUUCAGUAUCGUGAUGGACCUCCAUCACCACGAUGGGAUUUGCUCACAAAGCCCAAACAAGUGCUCGCAAGAAGGAAAUCCGGCAAAAGCCGACUGCAAAUGGUGACGACCACCGGAGAUCACGAGGCUGAUGACGAGAUGUCUCCACGAGACCCUCCAAACCUGAACCAUGUUGGAAGAAACAACAACAGCAGCAGCAGCAGCAGUAGCCAUUGUUUCAUUGCUUCUUCUUGUGUAGGUGUCUUCAGUCACUCGACGCCCAUCAAAUGUCUCCUGACAGGGGUCCUCGGUUGCAGCCCAGUGAUGUCGAACAAGAUUUGUGUCGAAGAUUCAUCGGUGACGGUGCUCCAACAUUCGUGGAAAACGGGUUGGCAGAUUAAAAGAUUAAAUGAUACCUCCCACCUUAGGCUUAUGUAGUAGUGGGAUAUGCAUACGACCAAUGGUAGGUGAUUCUUUCAAUUGUGUAGCAUGAAUUCAAGUAUUUAUUUAUGAUCGAUGAUUGUUGAUUUCGUUUGGGUUGGAUUUGGUUGCUUGUAUACUCACUUUCACUUUUUGAUUUGGAGGAUACUUUUAAUAACAACAUUUUGGUUUUGGAAUC